UCAAAUACACACUCGACUACAUCGGAAUGGAUUGAAAUAUAAAAGGAAGACUUUUCCCCAUCUAUUCUCUCUAUCUCUCUCUUCCUCUCUCACUCUUCAUACCAACUUUUUAGUUCUUUGUAUUAAUUCAAUCAAAUCUAUCAUCUACCAUCUACCUAUAUACCAUCAUGGCUCCUAAAGUAGCUAUCGUCUUCGUAAGUAGCUCUGCUCCAUCUCUACAGACAGACCGCCGCUAUCAUCAAGAGGCGGAUAGAACGUCGAAGCCCAUUACCCGCAUUCCUACCAAUUUAUCAAAAACCUAUCAUAAUACUAAUCGUUACAUCUCCAACAGUACUCCAUGUACGGCCACAUUCAAAAGCUUGCCGAAGCCGAAAAGGAAGGUCUCAAGAAAGCCGGAAUUGAAGCUGAUCUCUUCCAGUAAGCAUCAGCAUGAAACAAUUUACAGUCACACAGCAGUCACUAAGAAUUACAACUAGAGUUCCAGAGACUCUUCCACAAGAAGUAUUGACCAAGAUGCACGCUCCAGCUAAAUCCAACAUUCCAAUCAUUGAUCCGGCAACCCUGGCUACCUAUGUAAGUUUUGCCGUAUAUCUAGAACCUUCUCAUGUACUUUGAGCAAGGGGAACAUAGUCAUCCUAAUUUCACCUUCAAUCUACCUCGCACUUUGAAUAAUGGCCACGGAAGUCCAUGACCACCACAUGGCUAACGCUCUCGUUCCCACUCGUAGGACGCCUUCCUCUUCGGCAUUCCAACCCGAUACGGCAACUUCCCCGCACAAUGGAAAGCCUUUUGGGACGCCACAGGCGGCCAAUGGCAAACCGGAGGAUACUGGGGUAAAUACGCUGGAAUCUUUGUCUCCACCGGCACUCCAGGCGGUGGACAAGAAAGCACCGUCAUUUCCUCUUUAUCGACAUUGGCUCAUCACGGCAUCGUCUAUGUUCCAUUGGGAUAUGCCAAGGCCUUUGCACAACUCGGCAAUAUAGAAGAGGUCAGAGGUGGCUCAGCAUGGGGCGCAGGAACCUUCGCUGUAAGUUAUUGAUUCGUUCUCUUGAAUUAUAUACUACGGUGUUUCGGUACGUUUUGGAAAGAAAUGUAGCUAACAAAUCACGAGGGUGGCGACGGAUCUCGAUCACCCUCUGCACUCGAGUUAGAAAUCGCCACCAUUCAAGGCGAGGAGUUUGGCAAGGCCAUCAGCAAGGUUAACUUUGCGUGACUAGAUGUAAGCUGUUCCAACGACGACGGAUUCGAUUGAAUUGCUAACGUUAAUGGACAGGGUCCCGCAAUAACUAAUGAUGUAGAGGAUGCGCAGCCAAAAACGGCAGGGGCAGAUAGCAAUGGAGCAACGGAAAAUACUCAGCAAACAAAUCGGAGAACAGAAACAGUGCAAAGGGGAAAAGAAACAGGUGCCAACGAUAAGGAGGGCCCAUGCGGCUUGCCUGCCAAGUGCACAAUUCAAUAAUCUAGAGCAUUAUAAUGGUAGAAUUCAGAACUUCUCAAAAUUAAUCCUCACUUCUUAU